UGAUAGUGUGAGACACACGCUUGCAUUAGCCGGCGCACGACGCAUAUCUAUUUUAAAACGAAAGUAUUCGCGACGCCGGUUCAAGGUUGCAAAUUAAGGAAAAAUACAAAAUAAAUAUAUUUUGAAGACGUGUGACGAUUACUCGUAGUGAGUGCAUAUUAAUGUCAUUUAAGUACUUUCUACAAUAUGUCUAGUGAAAAAACUGGUGGUGAAAGCGAUUCAAGUGUUGCAGCUCACAGCUUGGAAGAUGUGGAAGCGGGCAGGGCUCUGCUGGCAGCUGCCGACAGUGGUGAUCCACAUUCAGCUACGCAAGUAUACGUGGAACAACGAUCUGGUCAAAUAUUAUACAAAGCGACUCGGGAGGUGUAUAAUGAGUCGGAGGAGUCUUCGAGUGACGGAGACACGUCGCUCGCGGUCCCUACAUACACCCAGAAGAUCACGCGUUUGAACUCUUUGCUGCUCAAUGCUACCAAAAGUGGGGAUCUACAGGACAUUGAAAGGUUACUCAAAGCUGGAGCUAACCCUAACGCGACAUGUGGUAUUAACGGAGUAUCAGUAUGUCACAUGGCUGCCUUGAGGACUGACGAAGCUCUUUCCAUUCUCCUCAAGGCUGGAGCAAAGAGGUACAGGCUGGACGAGUAUAAACUGACUCCGCUGCACUUCGCUGCUUGGGCAGGAAAUGACAGGCAUAUUGCACUCUUACUUGAUAUGUCUAGAGAUUUUCAGAACACACUGGAUCCAGGAGACAAUGGAAGCAGACAGGAGGAAACUGAGGAUCUUCGACUAAAUUUAAAGGAAUUCUUGAAUACGAAGCAAAGGCUUUUCAAGAUCGACUGCGUAGAUCCUCAGUGGAUGGACAACAGGACAUACCACAACUGCAGAGAGUUUUCAGAUGGCCUGCCUAGGCUGUAUGGCGGAUGGACGGCGCUGCACGCGGCGAGCUCGAGCGCACAGCCCCGCUGCGUGCGCAAGCUGCUCGCGGCCGGCGCCGACGCAAGCGCGCGUGACAUCAGCGGCAGAACUCCCUUCGACGUCGCCGGCGCAGCCAUCUAUUACAAUCAGCACGUUGACGUUCAUAAUUUUACAGAAGUAAUCAAAAUACUUAUUAGAGAAGAUCGUGAGAAUUUAAGAACUGAGAAAAAGAAGAAGAUCGGAACUCCUCUCCACAGAGCAGUGGAAUUGGGCAGUUUGGAAGCUGUGACAAUACUCAUAGAUGCCAAAGUACCUUUAGACACAGGGGAUUACAAAGGCGAAACUGCUUUGCACUUGUGUGUUGAAAAAAAGCUCAAGGAACAUUUGCAGAUUUUAGCAUCUCACAAAGUAGCAGGUAAGGAUGAACCAAGACCGAUAGAUGUUAGAGACAGCCGCGACCGAACAGUUCUUCAUAAAGCUGUAUUGGAAUCUUGGGAACCUGGUGUGAGCAUCCUAAUAGAAAAUGGAGCUGAUAUCACUGCACAGGAUUACAAUCAAGAAACGGCAAUACAUUUUGCAGCCGCGAUUGGCAACGUGAAUAUUCUGAAUCAACUCCUAAAUACAGAGAAACAUAAGAUUGUCAUCGACAUGAGUAACAAAAAAGGAGAAACCGCUUUGUUCAAAGCAGUGUCGAAUGGUCAUCUUGAAUGUGUAAAGUGUCUUCUUGAGAAAGGAGCAAAUAUUAUGAAAACGUUCUCAAAUAAGAUGAAUCUGUUUCAUAUAGCCGCCGAAAAAGGGUACCUGGAAGUACUCACAGCCUUAUUAGAUCACGAUUAUUCCAUUGCUAGAACAAUGAUUAACGAACUGACAGAAGAUGAUGAUAAAGGUUACAGUCCUAUUCAUUUUGCCGUGCAAAAUAAUCAUCCGGAAUGCGCCAGUAUACUUUUUUCCAGAAAUGAUUAUCGACAUCUUAGAACUUCUUGCGGUAUAAAUAAAGGCUCGAUGCCUUUACACAUAGCUGCAAUUUACAACAAUGUGGAAACAGCAAAAAUUAUCUCUUUUAAAAGUGACUUUACCGAUCAAAUAACAAAUGAUAUGCAAUGGACUCCAUUGCAUGCAGCCUGUCACUAUGGCAGUAGAGAUAUGAUCAAGCAUCUUCUUGAAGGCGGGGCGGACUUAUCUCGAAGAACAGAUGGUCCAAACGAAUGCAGAAUCACAGCUUUUGAUAUGCUUAUGAACAACUUGCCAAAGCCCACAGAAUUCAUGGAAAGUAUCUUCGAUUCGUAUAUUUCGACAAACGAUUUAAAUCUUCAAGACCCAAAUUGUGAAGUCACAGUUAAUUUUCAGUUAUUUUUACCUAAACUUGAUGAAAAUGAUCAGAUUAAAGUUAUAGAUGCACUGCUUAAGACAGGAGAUCGGUAUGGUCAGAGUCGACUGCUGCUUCACCCAUUACUAGAAAGUUUCCUGUACUUAAAGUGGAAAGCCCUCUUGCCAUUUUUCUAUACAGUAAUAUGUUUCUACGCUUUCUUCGUCUUAUCGUUAACUUUAUUUGUUCUUUCUGUAUUUUUUUAUAAAGACAUAAAGGACACUGCUCCGCUUGUUCUCAAUUCUACUCUAUGGGUGGUGGUAUUAUACAUCACGAUAUUUUUGAUAGUGUGUCAGGAAGUUCUAUACUUGAAACUGAGCAAUGGAUAUUUUCGUCAGUUAGAGACUUGGGUAAAAUUCAGCUCAGUUUGCCUGGCUGCCAUAUUGCCUUUCACUACACGGCUUACCCUGUCUGAGGUAGUCUGGCCGAGGCACGUGGCCACGGGAGCGAUACUUCUGUCCUGGCUGGAGAUGAUGUUCCUACUGUCCAGGUUCCCUAACUGGGGAUACUAUGUCCUAAUGUUUGGAAAAGUCUCCACAAACGUUUUGAAGAUACUUCUGACGUUUGCAUUCCUGUUGAUCGGAUUCUCUCUCAGUUUUAUGAUACAGUUUCACUCUCAGCCGCCCUUCGAGUCGCCUUGGGCAGCCCUCGUGAAGACUAUAGUGAUGAUGACCUCAGAGUUCGACUAUGGAGACUUAGUUGAAGAAAGUGAUCCUGCAGUGUUCGUGAAAUCCAUACUCGUAGUGCGCGUCAUAUUUCUUAUGUUUGUCAUGUUUGCAGCUAUUGUUCUCAUGAAUCUAAUGGUAGGAGUAGCCGUAAAUGAUCUUUAUAAUUUAGAAGUCAUAGGCAACGUCAGACGACUGGCUAAACAAGUAGAAUUAAUAGGAAUUCUAGAAAACCUUUACAACUUCAAUCGUUUUAGGGGUAUUCUACCUUAUUGGCUGGAAAAUGUGUUACGAGGUAAGAAAUGUCAAAAAAUGUUUGUUAUCCGUCCCAACGAACCAAAAUCUAGAAAUUACAAAAUGUUACCAUCACAUAUAAGAGAGGCUCUUUUUGAGAAAGCGCAAUGUCGGUAUAAGCAAACGGAUGACGAAGUAGGAUCACAAAAUUAUAGAGAGAAGCUAGAUGAAAUACAUAAUGAGAUGGUUACGGUUAAAACCAUGAUGUUGCAAAAUAAGUCACAAGCUGAUAUAGAUUUUAAAGAAAUAACGAAUAAAAUAGUUAAGAUUGAAUCGUCAAUAAGUCAAAUGAAUUCUUCAAUAAACGAACUUAAUAGAAUGUUAGCACGAUUCACACGCGAAACUAAGGACCCUCAUAGACGGCGGCGACGGUGAGCAGAUUUCAUGCAGUCGCUGCAAGUGCGGUCGGCGGUUGCAGUCGGCAGCUAGCAUUGAUUCAAAACGAAAAACGAAUUCAACGCAUAAAUGUGAUGAACCGCGCGGUUGUGAAUUGCAUUGCAUUUUAUUUUAACCGGAAGAAUCUACUGAGACUUUUUUAGUCGGCCGAUAUUUUUGAAAAGUAAAAGAAAAAGAAAAGAUUUUUUGUUUGUUUAAUUUUGCCUAAUGUUUUUUUUUGUACCUAAAGACCUCGCAGUUCUGCCAAAGCUGGGAUACUUUUCAUGAAA